GGCGUCAGUCACUCCUCUAAGAUCUCGCCGAGCAUCAGGGAUAAACAAGAGUUUUUUUUUUACCGUCAACUGUGAAAAAUAUUACAAUUAUUCUGCGUCAGAGAACUCGUGCCAGAGAUCUUUUUCAAAACACUGUAGGCCUACUGUAUUCGUAUUAACGCGUAUUAAAUAAUAUUCUGAAAAUCAACUGCAAUACGCAUUUCUUUACCAAAUAUUCUCACACGUACUGUAGUUCUUAAUACGACAAAUAGAUAACUAUCGUAAAAGAAUUAAUUAACCUGCCUCUUCUAUUUAUAAAGCAAAUCAGCUGAAAUACUUUACUAUAGCAAGAACCAAAUUACUAGGCGUCGAAGAAUCUGACCAACACAACCACAUCAACUAAUUACUGCAGGUGAGCCCCAGGCCGGCCUAUAACCAAGAUGCCGGCUAUAGGAGCAGCAAAAAGCACCGUCUUGUUCCAUCUCCUUAACUUUAAUUUACUCCUGGACCUGGGACACCCACCGCCAGACCCUCUCACUACUCAAGACACCUUCAACACCACCUUGGAGGAACAGUGCUGGAAGGUUUACGGCCAGAAAACAUGUUUCUCCCUGAGGGCGCCCUGGGUCAACACCUCUCGUCCGGUCAUCAAGGCACCUAUGGCCCCUGACGAGAUAGGCACCGCCUUCAUGCUCUUCACCAGACUGAACGACACUUUCCCUGCAACUCUCGAUCCCAACGACCUGAGCACCGUGAUGAACGCGCCCUUCAUCCCCAACGCCCCCUUCAAGGUGUUAAUUCACGGAUACUUAUCAUACGGCACGACCAACUGGAUCAAGACGCUGACGGGGGAGCUGCUGCGGAAGAGUGACCAGAACGUAAUCGUGGUGGACUGGAGUGUGGGGGCGAGACCUCCCUACACCCAAGCCGUGGCCAACAUCAGGCUAGUGGGGGCCCAGGUCGCCUACCUCAUGCACUCUCUUAUUAAAUUCGCUGAUGUCCCCGUCUCCGCCUUCCACCUGAUUGGACAUAGUUUAGGUUCUCAUCUGAGCGGCCACACGGGGACCUACCUGAGGGAGAUGUACGACUUAACCCUACCCAGGAUCACGGCUCUGGAUCCCGCUGAGCCCUAUUUCAACGACACCCACACCAUCACCCGCCUCGACCCCACCGACGCCGCCUUCGUCGAUGUCAUCCACACUGACGAUUCCCCCAUACUUGGCUUCCCCCUCAGUGUCGGUAUGACUCAACCUAUCGGCCACCUUGACUUCUUCCCUAACGGGGGUCGUAACCAGCCCGGCUGUAAUGGUGCAAUCAACUGCCAGCACCACCGAGCCAUCACCCUCUUCACCGAAUCCAUCAGACAGUCGUGCCCGAUGCUCGCUGUAGCUUGUAACUCCUAUGAAGACUUUAUUGAUGGUGAGUGUUGGGGGUGUAGUGGUGAGUCUGGUGACCGUCUCUGUUCCGCCAUGGGUCUGGCUGCCGCCCCUCUUCCACUCCAGCCUCUCUCUAAGUUCUUCCUCUACACCCAAGACCGAACUCCUUUUUGUGGUUACCACUACCGUGUGAGCGUGGAGGUUCGCAACACCACGGAGGCGAGGAGGCACCACGGCGAGUUUGCCAUCAUCCACCUCAUACUCACUGGCAACAAGGACAAGUCACAGUCCAUACAACUCUCUGAGAAGUCACUGUAUUACGAGGCAGGGACAGUACACCGGCAGGUGGUGCUGACUCAUGACCUCGGUGAACUGCAGACGAUGAGCGUGGCCAUGCAGUACCCCAGUCUCAUGUUCACCAUGAUGUUAUGGCGUAUUAAGAAGCCCAUCGUCCACCUCAAGUCUCUCACGAUCGAGCCGCUGGGACGCGAUAUUACGUGGAAGUACUGCUUCAAAGAUGCUGUCCAAGAAAUAGGGAAGGAGUACGUGCUUACCAAGAGGAACUCUUGCUGAAUACCUUCCGGGACUGUAGCUUUCCUAUGUUAAUGAUCCUGGCACUCAACUCUGAUCCUUACCACGUAAACAAAAGCAACACAAGGAGUACGUAACGCUUCCAGCCCACGGCGACACGGUAAUGGAAUCUACAUAAGACAUAGGCAAACGCACGUCUUUUGUUUAUGGAGGCGCUUGUUUCUGGAUCGAGUACCAGUACAGUAUUUAUGUUUCCACUUCCGGGCUCUCGUUAAUUGGUAUCUGUGAGACACUGGGUACUUUCUGUGAUACAAGGGCUGGGUACAUGACACAGAAAGUGGCGCUAAGGCCACAGUGAGUGACGAUGGGUUCAGUCAGGGAUGCGAGUGCCAAAAAUCGCUCACAUCUCACUGGGGAACAUGAUAUAACUGGCUGAAGGAGCAACACUUUUAUCUGUCAAAAGCCCUGAGGAAUAUGUCCUUAACUCUCACGAAAAGUUUACUUAGAAAUAAACAUUGUGCUGACGAAUAAACCGAGUGUAUUCCUCAGUGUGGGAAAAGAAAAUUUCAAUGAUGAGCGGAAGAGUUUUGAAUGAAUAUUUUGCUCAGACGCUAUGAACCCAAAUGAACUGAUGGUUAAUCGGUGUUUGUGUAUGUGUGUGUGUGUGUGUGUGUGUGUGUGUGUGUGUGUGUGUGUGUGUGUGUGUGUCACUAGUGCCACAUGGAGUAAAAAAAAAUCUAAUUGGAGAAGAAAAACAGUUCCCGACAAUGGAGCGACGCUGUGAGGAUCUUGACAACUGUGAGUGUAAAUGAGGAGUGAGUGAUAUGUAUACACUGUUCAAGUAUGUACAGAGAUCUGCCCAACCUCGCAUCUGUCAUUGAUCUGAUUGAUAACACUGUCUAACGAGGUAUAUCGUUAAACUGUGCUAUGCAGCUUAAUAGGUAUAUAUAUUAUGUACAGAAUACGUGUUUAUUAUAAUUAGGUAUAUUCACAAGUUGUAAAUAUAUUUUGUAUAAAUUUUCUUUUGUAAAAGAUUUGUUAAAUAUGUAGCAUAAUAAUAAAUUCUGAUAUUU